UAAUAUACCUAGGUUCUUGCCUGGAGGUAUUGGUGAUCCCCUGCUACUAGACACGGAAGCAUGUUAAGCUAAAGUUUCUUCUUUUCCGUCCACAACCAUUUGAACCGUUUGAACCAUUUAGUAUCUGCCGCCUAAUAGGAAGCGUACGCUUCUUUAACCAGUCAGUGGAUUCUUAAAAAUAACAUUCGGACAUUAAAAAGGAAAUCCACCCAACAAUAGCUUCUUAACGUCAGGCAAAUGUAUUAACGUGCCAUGUUACAUAUGUUUCUCAUUUGUAUGGAUAGUCCAUUUCAUCCAUUUUAUUUACACUUUUCUAGUUAAAGAUGUGCAUUUCGCAAGUAAAUAAGUUUAUGGAUGAACAUUCUUAUUCAUUUUCUCAGUUACCAUAAAUGAAUGCCUUAUAGAAGCAUGCCCAUUUAAACUCUUUAUACUUACAGCAAUCUAUUUUCUGUGAUACAUUUAUAAUUCUUGUAAUUGAAUGCUGAAGCGCAAAGCGGUCAGACGUUGUUCUGCCCAUUAUUAUGUGACUGCUGAAGAUCAUGUAGAAAACGAAGUAAAACACGAAAAGCUUCUAACAGAAACUUCUCGAUUGUCAUCUUCAUGGGCUGGUCUAAGUGUUUCUUGCAGUGAAUCUAGCGAUAGAGAUUGUUCAUCGUCUUCUACAUCUGUGAAUAGCAGCCCUAAUCAUCGUCCAAGUUCUUUUAGUGGGCCUCUGGUAAUUUCCGUCACUUGUUCUUAUCCUAUCUGUUCUGGGGUUAACAACUGUGGUCCUUCUGUUGCCGCCGGUUCUAAUAAGGGUAUGCCUUCGAGUCCUCCUCAUUUUCCUCGAUCAUCUUCUUGCUAUCCGUCACCGGUUGCAUCACCUGUCUCUUCACGCGUUCAGUGUUAUUCACCUUCUUUACCAACCUCAACUGUUUCUCCAAAUCCCCGUCGGUUUAGCAAUACCGGUGGUGCAAGUCCUUUGCUUGUUUCAGCUGCUCUUGGACGCAAACGAGGAUAUUUGUCUUGUGUGUCUGGAGGUGCAGGUUCCAGUGAUGAUGCUAGUCGUGAGGGAUCUCCAGAAUCUUCGUGUUGUCAUAGAAAUAACAAAUCUUCAUGUCAAAAUGAUGUUCGGAUAUGUAGCAGUGGCACAAAUCCAUAUUCUGACUUCCCCUAUUUCCGUUGGCCACCGAGUUUACCUGUAGUAUCAAGUCCUUCUAGCCCAUCAUGUCAACUUUUUUCUGUAACUACAAACUUCAAUAACUCCAGUAGCCCAUCUUCGAUUCCUCCUUCUCCUCAUGUCCUGCGCUCAUCUCCUGUAUCUUCUAUCUCUCAUUCUUCAGUACCAUCCAGUGUUGUUGAAUGUACACGCUCUCCAAACGACCUUAAUGUCUCUAAUGCAUUAAGUACAAAUGAGAUUACGGAUUCUAUGAUGGACUUAGAUGUUAAGAAGUGUUCUACUUCAAAUUAGUCACAUGAAUUGUAAUCAUGUCUUCUUGUUACAUUUCAAUUUUAAUAAAUACUGAAAAAUAUCCCUUUCAUCGACGUCAAAUGUCUUGCUGUAUGUCUGAGUUUUUGCCUUCGUUAAACUUUUCUAUCUACCUCUAGGGCUUUUAUUUUCCACUUUCAAUGAAAUUUACUCUGUAUCUUUAUAAUACCCAAUUUACUGCUUUUUUACAAUUCAUUUUUCUCUGAAUAUUAAACUGAUAGCUUGUAAAGUGUUGUUCAGCUCAAGAUCUUUCGCUAUCCCGAUGGUAAACCAUAUUUAUUAAUCAUGUUUAUAUUAUGAAAAAUGGUACAUUUUUACAAUCAGUGAUUAACCAACGCUUAAAAAUUUUCCAUUUUCCCAAAAACUAGUUUUUAUUGUGGUUUUCAUUACUGGCGACAGUUGGUGAAUAUAGUUUGUUCGAUGCAUAUUUCGGUUUAAUAACUAGAUAUUUACGUUUUUUGAUUAUGCUCACUCGAGUAGUCAUAUCGAUAAAAAAUGUUCACACAUUAUGUGUCUAUUUCAUUUAACACACAGAUUAUUAGGAGAGGCUUUAUAUUAAGUGAAUGCUUCUGAAGCACGAAGUACAGUUUGAGG